AUGUCCAUGCUGGUGACCUCUGCAACAGCCACGACCACCUCUAUUGGUGCCUUCACGUCCCUGACCACCGCUAGAAUCACCUCCACUGGUGUCACCUCAACAGAGGUCCCCUCCACUCUCACCCCCGCCACAUCCCUCAUCCCUACAGGCUUCUGUUACAACGGGGGCACCCAUGAUGGCAUCAAGUGUCUCUGCACCCCCAUCUUCUAUGGACCCUUGUGCGAGUUCUCCACUGAGUCCAUUGACACCAACCUCCCAUUCCCAGGGACCAUCAUGGCCCAAGCGGAGCUGAACGUUACCGUCACCAACUUCAACUUCACCAAGGACCUCUUGGACCCCACAUCCGAGGCCUAUGGGGCCUUUGAAGAGCUAUUCCAGAGGGAGUCGAUGAGGAUCUAUGGGACCAUCUCUGGUUACGAGGGGGUGAGGAUUCUGACCCUCAGUCCCGGCAGCAUCGUGGUGACCCACGAGGUCUUCUUCACCCUGGUGGUACCCAAGAACGUGAGCCAGGACAUGGAGGACAUCACCCAGAGCCUGGUGCAGACCUUGAAGGACGUGGAGGCUGGACAAGGGCUCUGCCAGCACGAGACGGACAUCCUGUGCCUCAAGGUGCCGCCUGACCCUGUCAUAAGGAGCAUGACAGAGACAUCAGACCUGGAUGAGCUCUGCCGGAUCCGGGCCCCUCCUGGUUACUCUCAGUUCUACUUCACGGACACCGCGGGCGGCCUCAUCUCCUGCAUCACCGCCUGCACCCCCAACAGACCCACCUCACUGGAUUGCCACUACGGGCAGUGCCGUGUCACCCUCCAAGGGCCCUCCUGCUUCUGCCAGGAUGAAGCCUUCUUCUGGUACUCGGGCCCACAGUGCUCGGGGCGCAUCAGCAAAGUGGCCACAGGCCUGGGGCUGGUGGCCACCGUCCUGCUCCUCACCUGCAUCGUCCUCGGCAUCAUCGUGGCCAGGGAACGCCAGAGGAGGAGGAUGUUGAGAUCCCCACCCUAG